GCGAUAGCGCGAGAUUGCCCAGCUUGGAUCCCCAAACUCACAUACACCUGCUCACUCAGCCUCGUCGUUUCAUGCACCAAAGCGAUCAGAUCAUAGACCACGUCCAGGGAAGCUCUCUUCAGAGCUCAGCCGCAACCAUGCCGGAAGGCGAAGCCUCACAAGCUCAGAACCCAUCCCAAAAUGCCUCCAGAGGAGCUCCUCGAGCUCGUAGAGGCAGAGGUCGUGGCGGCAGAGGACGAGGAGGACACCACCACGGUGAUCAGGCUCAGGCAGCUCAAGGGCAGCAGACCCCACAACAGGUCAGCUCAGAAAACUCGUCUACGCCCACAGCAAACCCAAACCAGCCCCAGCAAGAAUCUGCAGCUUCUGGAAAUUCAUCAAGAUCAUCUCGCGGAGGAAGAGGCCGAAGAGGGCCGCGGCAGAGCGAGCGAGGUGGCGCAAGACACAGCGCCCCUCGAGCUCCUCUGCCAGGCCCAUCACGGCGAUUUGGAGGUCAUCUCACAACGGAAGUCGAUGACGCAGAUGCAGAUGCAGAUGCAGAUGCUCCUUCAUUAAGUGCAGAGGCUCCUGAGUUUGUACCGGGCCAGCCGGUAUUACCAAGGGCGUAAGUAGCUUGUUUUGUAUACCAUUUAAUUUCUGGUAGCCUUCAGCUGCUGACGACUCUUUAGGCAGCCAAGGAGAUCUGAGGCAUCUAAGAAGCCUGAGGUUAGACUUCCCAAAUCUACGGCUGCAGACCUCGGAACCAGAAUCCACGAGGAUAUCGGCAAUAGCAAC